UCAUUUUCGUUUCACUCCGGUUUGUCAUUCUCAAGAAAGAUUUUGAAGAUUUCUAAUUUAGAACAUAAAUUUAGUGGAUAAAUUUAAUUAUCUUAUAAAAUACCUAUGGCUUUUAUGGGAGAGACUCUGGGCUCGGCCCCUCUUUGGCACAACGGGCCAACUCCUGGCGCCUUUUAUAACUUCCCAGGAAACUCCAAUAACUUCAGCCCAUCAAAUCAUACUGUUCAGGAUUUCAGAGCACACUCUGCAACUCCGAUAACGACCACAACAACCGUCAUUGGCCUGAAGUUCGACAAGGGUGUGGUGGUCGCAGCAGACACCCUCGGCUCAUACGGCUCACUGGCACGGUUCCGGGAUUGUCCUCGAGUGCUGAAGGUCAAUGACCUGAUUCUCCUGGGCUCUGGUGGGGAUUACGCAGACUAUCAGUAUUUGAAGGACAUUAUUGAACAGAAAAUUAUCGACGAGCAGUGCAUCGGUGAUGGACUGCAGCUGAAGCCUCGCUCUCUGCACUGCUGGCUCACGAGAGUGCUGUACAACAAGCGCAGCAAGAUGGACCCUCUCUGGAGCAACUAUGUGGUCGCUGGCAUUCAGGAUGGAGAGCCAUUCCUGGGAGCAGUAGACAAGCUGGGCACGGCAUAUGAGGACUCCACUAUAGCAACCGGGUUGGGAGCUUAUAUGGCCACUCCAUUGUUGAGAGAUGCUAUUGCCAAGGGGCCACUAGAUGAAGAGAGUGCUAAAGCCCUCGUCCGCAAGUGUAUGGAAGUCCUGUACUAUAGAGAUGCGCGUGCGUUCGCGCGCUACCAGCUGGGGUCAGUGACCGCGGCCGGUGUCACCACGGAGGACAUCGCCGAGAUAAAACCCGACUGGUCCGUCGCGCACAUGAUCCAAAUGAAGUAGGGGAAUAAAACUCAUUUUUGUUUA